GUGCGUCUCAAAGGCGUGUCUACGAAAAGUAAAGAUGGAAUAUUUGGAAUCUGGUCGAAAAAGUCAUAGCUUUGCUUACUAGCCCCACUGAUACUCGCUUUAGUGCUCUCGUAUUGCUCAGGUAUAAGACAGCCAUGCCCCCUCAAAUGAGGCUUUACGAAUGCACUGAAGUAUAGCCUCAUACAUCUACUUCAACCGGCCAAUUAGCCACGGACAACCUCUUGAGCAUCCUGUAUAACGGUUAGAGAACGCCUAGGUCACCAUGAGCAGCGCCGCGGAUGAUGUUGUCUCCUUGUUUCGCAUCCACACAGAGGCCCUUGCGAAGCAAGAUUGGGCCACAAUUACUGCCAGGCUUCAUCCAAGCCUUACUCGAAACCACAUUGCUCUAACCGCCGAGCAGUAUGUUAAUCAAGCAAAAGAGGGCUUCAAGGCGAUACCCGACUUGGAAGUCGCCCUAGACCAGGCUUUCGCCGAUAAAAACGGCAGCUUUGUCUUUGGUCGCUUGAUCGUGCGCGGCACACUCAAACAAGAGUUUAUGGGAGUCAAGCCCUCCGGAAGACCAUUUGAAUUCUCAGAACUCACAAUUUACGAGUACAGAGAUGGUAAAGUCUUUCGAAUCCUCACGGCUACGGAUAAAGAGUCAAUCAAGAAUCAGGUCGAGAGCCUUCCCCGGACACCAUUUGACACAGGAUACGGCUAUGGGCUCCCUGAGCAGACAACCGGUUUAAAAGAGAAAUUUACAAAUCUCAUAGAAGGCAUAACAAAGGGAAAUGUGAAGGAAUCCGUCCUCAAAUACUGCGCUCCCGAUGUUCUGUUCAAUGGCAUACGGAAUAUUACGAGGGAAGAGAUAAUUCAACAGAACUUGACCAUACAAGACGCCCUCACAGACUUGAAAGUGGAAUUUGACGGACUAGUAGUUGAUGAAGACCAUCAGCGGGUUGGCUCUGCUUACUUCGUCACUGGACGAGUUACCAAGCCGUUCAAAGACUAUUUGCCGGGUCAAAUUGUUCAACAAUACAAGUACGCCAUCCAUUUCAUUAACGAGGAUGGGCAACUUGGGGCCCUUACGUCAGUGGUAGAGAGCGAAAAAGCUAUUGAUGAGGGUACCGAGGCUGCGCAUUGAUAUCGUGGGGAGGGGUCGGUCAAAUCUGGAAGCUUUUAAUGUGGCCUUGGACAAAUCUACAUCAACAGAUCUCUAAAAAUCUCGAAAUGCGGUAGAUGGCUAAACUUCCCACGUGCUUAAUAUUAAGGCUAUUACAUGCAAAGUCUUACGGAUGCAAACUGAAGGAAAUUUCCACUCUCUACACUCCCUAACGGCUAUCAACACACAAAAUACUUAUUGGGGUAUUAUUCAGGUAGAAAAGACUGCGAGCCACUUGCCUGUCAAAAUCGCGAGGUUGUCGUGCGGAAAAAUAAUAGCUCCACCCUCGCUGUGUAAUAAUCGCUCUUCUCAUACGAUUCAAAAUGAG